AACAGUGUGGUAGAGAGGAACAGCACCAAGACAGAACCUUGACUGUCGAAAGAACCCAAAGAGAGGGAGCCCAGGGAGAGGAGACCCCAAAGACAGGAGAGGGGAGGCAGUAGGAGGUUGGAGAGGAGUGGGCUAGGCUGUGCUACGGCAGCUCACAGGCUGCCAGGUGGAGCCAUGCAGAUCCAGUCCUCUGGUCCACAGUCCAAAGCCUCCAGCUUCAUCCUCAGUCAGAGAUGUGUGCUGGCUUCCAAAAUGGAAAUCCACCGUGAACAGAGCAUCUGCCAGGCACGAGCCGCUGUCAUGGUGUAUGAUGACGCCAACAAGAAGUGGGUCCCUGCCGGUGGUUCCACAGGCUUCAGCAGAGUCCACAUCUACCACCACACGGGCAAUAACGCCUUCCGUGUAGUGGGACGCAAGAUCCAAGACCAUCAGGUGGUGAUAAACUGUGCCAUUCCCAAGGGGCUGAAGUACAACCAGGCCACGCAGACCUUCCAUCAGUGGCGUGAUGCCCGGCAGGUCUAUGGCCUCAACUUCGGCAGUAAGGAGGACGCCAAUGUAUUUGCCAGUGCCAUGAUGCACGCUCUGGAGGUGCUCAACUCCCAGGACGCAGGCCCCACACUGCCCAGACAGGGCCCCCAGGUUCAGAAUGGCCCCACCCCAGAAGAGUUGGACCUACAGAGAAGGCAGCUUCAGGAGAUGCAGAGGCAGAAGGAGGUGGAGCGGGAGCGUCAGGAGCGCGAGCGCCUGGAGCGAGAGAUGCUGGAGCGCGAACGGGAGCGACAGGAGCGCGAACGUCAGGAACGGGAGGCGCAGGCGGAGCGGGAGCGUUUGGAGCGCGAGCGCCAGGAGCAGCAGGAGCGCGCUGACCGUGAGCUGAUGGAGAGGGAGAAGGCAGAGAGAGAACGGCUGGAGAGGGAGCAGCAGGAGCAGUUGGACAGAGAGCAGCAGGACUGGGAGAGAGGGAGACGCAUCUCCAACGCCGCCUUUGAAAGCACCCUGUUCACCCCCACGCCUCAGGAGUUCGGCAGGACGUCCUCCAACCCCGUAUCGCCGUCCACGCCCACUUACCCAGCUCCUGGGACGCCGUCGCCCUCUUCCACCACGCCCCCCACCCCACCCCUCAGACACUCAGCGUCACGGUUCGCCACCUCUCUUGGUUCUGCCUUCCACCCGGUCCUGCCUCACUACGCCACGGUCCCCAGGCGACAGCAAGCCUUCCCUCAAGCCCCGCCUCCCGCUCCAGCUCCAGCCCCCACCCCUCCUGCUCCGCCCAAAUCUGUGGUGUGGUCCGCGUGCAAUUUUACUCCUCUUCCCCCAUCACCCCCUGUCAUGAUAAGCAGUCCACCGGGGAAGGCUGCAGGCCCCAGGCCCCUCAUCCCCAUCGCAGCUCCGUCCCCUCUGACCCAGAAGCCUCCAUCACCGUCCCCAAACGGUCCGCCUAUGUUCCCCGCACCUUCGCCUGUGACCAUCCCUCACAGCCACACCCCUAUUGGCAUCGCCUGCCCCACCCCGCCUCCCCCUCCCACUCCGCCCCCAUUGCCCUACCCCAUGGCCCCCUUCCCGUCUUCCUCGUCCGUCUCGUCUCCCCCCUCCUCAUCCCAGGCUCCUGGUGUGCCCUCUCCCUCCACAGCGCCCCCUGCUGCUGCCGCCGCCGCUGCCGCCACCUCCGCCUCUGCUGACCACCUCUCCCUCCCUGUGGGCCUGGGCCUGUCGGGGGCGGGGGAAGCAGACACAGCCGCAGGCCCAGAGCCCCACCCACCUAAUGGGGGCUCUUCCUCUCAGCCCCAGGACAUCGUACAGACACCAGGGCUGACCACUCCCACCCCUCCCCCACCUCCACCCUUGCCACCCGGCUCCACUGUGACCUCUGCGGCCACCACCCCGGCCGCCACCCCCACUACCCCAGCCGGCCACCCUCCCCCGCCCCCGCCGCCACCCCUGCCUCCUACCCUGACUCCAGGCGGGACUCCCCCUCCUCCACCCGGGCCACCUCCCCCUCCUGGAGCCCCACCCCCUCCCCCAGCACCUCCCCUCCCCGCCAACCUCUUCUCUCCUGCGGAGGACCGCCCUCUCUCGGGCCUGGCCGCCGCCCUCGCUGGAGCCAAGCUGCGCAAAGUGCCAAGGAGUGAUGAUCCAGCUGCAGCUCUGGCAGCGGCCUUGUCAGGCGCUGGGGGGGCCGCGGGGGCCAAAACGGAAACAAGAGGCAACGGCCCUUUGCCUGGAGGAGGGGGGCUCAUGGAGGAGAUGAGCGCCUUAUUGGCACGGAGGAGAAGGAUUGCAGAGAAGGGCUCAUCACCUGAACCUGACCAGAGAUCAGACGAGGGCGAGAUAAACACAACCCCUAAAGUGUCAGCCUGUAGCACACCAGACAUGCCCAGGAAGCCAUGGGAAAGAACAAACACCAUGAAUGGUAGCAAAUCUCCAGUAAUCGGAAGACGAGAGUCUUCGUGGAGAAAUCCCAUGGCAGCAGAUUCCUCCAACAGACCCAAAUCCACUCCUACACCGACUGCAUCCUUAAGUGCCAAUGGUGUGCCAACAGAACCUGUUGACUAUGACAGAUUGAAACAGGACAUUCUGGAUGAGAUGAGGAAGGAGCUGUCCAAGCUAAAAGAGGAGCUCAUUGAUGCGAUCAGGGAGGAGCUGGGCAAGUCCAGCACAGCAUAGAGGAUCUGCCCCAUCUGGAUCCACGAGACCCCCCCCCCCCCCCCCAUACACAGACAACCUACGGUCCGUUUGAUACCUGACAAUACCACAGCGGGGAAAAGGGAAAAAAAACCCACACAAAUACAGCGACGAUGAUCAAAGCAAAUACUGAGAGAGAAGGACGGCAUGUUUGUGGACGGAGCAGCAGCGGUCAGUCCAGCCCCAGGACGGUGGGCUGGGGGGGGUGAGGGGGGGUCGGGACACUCCAUACCUGUGACUCACUCAGUUAAUCUUGCAAAGCCGAACCCCCCCCCAGCCCCCAAACCCACCCCCUCAUCCUCCAACCCCCCCUUCUACUACUUCUUGUUUUUGCUGAGGGCAUCGCAUCCUGGAGGACAGUGCACGGUCAGUCAGGGGAGCGAAUGUCUUUAUGCAAAGCCCAUCUCUCUCUCUCUCUCUCUCUCUCUCUCUCCUCUCUCUCUCCUCUCCUCUCUCUCUCUCUCUCUCUCUCUCUCUCUCUCUCUCUCUCUCUCUCUCUCUCUCUCUCUCUCUCUCUCUCUCUCUCUCUCUCUCUCUCUCUCUCUCUCUCUCUCUCUCUCUCUCUCUCUCUCUCUCUCAUAUAAAACCAAGAAAACACACAAAAACUCUACAACAAUCCUGUAUUAACCAUCGGCUUCUGAGCACGUUCUUGUGAUUUACUAUCAAAGGCACGUUUUAGUCAGAGAGUUUGACAACAGGAAGAAGCUGGGGAUGGAGAACUUUUUUUUUCCCAUAAUGCCAUAGGGGUAGCGUGCGUGCGUGUGUGUUUGGGUUAUGUGUGUGAGUACAUAUGGGGACUGACAGUCUGUGGUGAAGUCCACCUCUGCAGGACACUGUAAAGCUCGUCUUCCUCAAAUACUAUUUUAACCUGAAUAUGUACAAAAGAGAGAAAAAGUUAUUUAGAAAAAAAAAAAACUUAUCUAUCAACCAUGUCUGUUUCGGUGCCGAUCUACGGCCGUAACACGUAGCUCAAUAAUCCCGUCUUUAAUAAAACAGGACGCUCUCCUGUCUGUUCGUUCAGAAUCAUAACCACAACUUGUCGUUUCCCUCCGGAGGCCAGCGUUCUGUCGCUUUUCCUCUUCUUUUCCUCCUCUUUUUUUUUUUCAUGUUCUGAUUUGAUUGGCAGGUGGACAAGAUGCUGAGUUCAAAUGCCUGUCAGUUGCGUUGGUCUUUGUAGCUCCGUACCAAAAAAAAAAAAAAAAGUCCGGAUUUGCUAAUGCAUUUCACGCUAUCAACCAUGUAGAUUUAAAAAAAAAACUCCAUCCUGUACAUUUUUCAUUUCUGUCCUAUGAAAAUUCGACACACUGAGGGUAAAAAAAAACUCUGAUAUUUGAAGAAUUAAGUCAUAAUAUUAAUAAUAAUAUGCAUUAAGAAUUGAUUAGAUUGAAGUAUGAAAAAAACAAAUCUGGAGAAGAAUUGAGUGGUAGUUUUAAUGGUAAUAGUUUAGGAAAAAAUGACAAAAUAUUAUGAGGAUAAUGUUAGAUUAUUUCAGGAACAAGUCAUGAGUUUGAAGAAAAAAGUCACAAUUAUAUGAGAAAGUGGAAAAAAUGUCACAUUUAUGCAUAGAUUAAAUAACUUUAUUCUCAUAAUUUUGUGACUUUUUCCUCUAAACAUGAUAUUAGGAUUAUUUAGUCAAAAUAUACAACUUUAUUCUCAUAGUAUUGUGACUUUUUAUUGAAAAUAUGUAACUUUUUUUCAUAAUAUUACAACUUUUUUCAACAUUAUUCUUAUAUUAUUAGGAUUUUUUUCCCCUAAAUAUUACAACUUAAUUCUCAUAAUAUUACAUAAUUGAUUCAAAAUAUUAUGGCUUUAUUCACGUAAAAUUUCGACUUUACUGCUCAAUAUUUGGACAUUAUUCUCAUAAUACUGCCACUUUUCCCCUGAUUACAUUGUACCUUUUUUCUUGAACUACCAGAGUUUUCGUGUCCUCGGUGUUGUCCUUCGUCGUCUCUGUCAUCUUUCGGUUGUUUUGUUCGUGCGACGCGGGUCACGACUCAGCCAUGAAACUGCAUUAACUGUCACAAGUUUUAUUACAAGCAAUAAGUGUAGCAUCUAUUCUGUGGCCAGCCUGCUCCUACCCGGUGUCCGUCUGUCUGUCUGUCUGUCCAUCCGUCUGUCUGUCCAUCCGUCUGUCUGUCCUCUGUGUUUGGACGCUGUCCCAUCAGGCCGUUUGUCUCCCUGUUUCGCAGCUGAAGGAAAACCACAGCAACACUGUACGACAUGAUUUCACGGAAUCCCACUGUUUCUAAACCGUCGUCCGUUUGGUUUUUGAUUCUUUUCUAUCUAUAAAAUCCAAGGAUACUGUAUCUUUAGCCACAUUGGAGCUGAACUGUUUUUAAUCCUUUUUUUUUUUUUUUUAAAUUUUAUUGCAUUUAUGAAAUUUCAAAUGGUGCACGGGAUAAACCCAAAUGCAUAAGAGAUGGUGUCCACGAGGACAUGAAUGUGCCAUUCAUACGUUCACCAGUGCUUACUGUUACACUUAUUUUUUUUCUUUGCCUUUUUCUCCUGUCGCUGUAUUUUCCCUGAAGUUUGACUUUUGUAAGGGAACUGUCACUUUUCUCUAAAAACCCAUUAGUUUCUUUGCGUUCAGAGUGACUUUGCUUCACAGAAAGCUAAAAUACAAUCAACUCCAGAGAGAGAGACAUGAUGGGUGCAGAAAAACUGAAAUACUGUAACUGGUGCUUAACGGUUCAUUUCAAGGUCAUGACAUGUGACGUUGCUGUAAUAUUCUGAAAUGACAGCUUCAUAUUUGGAAUGGAGCCUCUUCAGUGUCCCCGUAGGAACCAGUAGACGGGGCUCUGCGGGACAAACGUGGCUUUGUACAACAAACGUUUGACUUUACGGACGGUUCAAAGGUGGAUCCAUGUAAGAGAAGACAGAUGGAAAUGGGUAAAAGUGUAAGUUAAAGGGACACUCCACUGUGAAGAGGAAGAAAACUAAACUGUCAACAUUUAAGUAGCAGAGACUGAGAAACUUGGACUUAGUUUCUACAUUGAAUGAGUGAGACGGA